GAACAACCACCUCUGCUCCCUCCUCCUCCUCCUCCUCUUUCUCCAACCACUUCCCGGCACCUGUCUCCUGCCGGUGAAUGUCUUCUCUGGAUGCUCUCCCACUGCUCGGCAGUUGAAAACACUCAUGGUCGAUGCCAAGGGAAGGAACAUGAAAUGUCUGACGUUCUUCUUGAUGCUUCCAGAGUCGGUGAAGAGCAAGUCAAGUAAAAGCUCCAAGAAGGGGAACGCCAGCAGCAGCUCCAAGCUGCCGCCCGUCUGUUACGAGAUCAUCACCUUGAAGAGCAAGAAGAAGAAGAAGAUGGCAGCGGACAUCUUCCCCGCCAAGAAGCCGGCUCCCUCCACCACGGUGCAGCAGUACCAGCAGCAGAACCUGAACAACAACAACACCAUACAGAACUGCAACUGGCAGGGACUCUACUCCACGAUAAGAGAAAGAAAUUCGGUCAUGUUCAACAAUGAGCUGAUGGCAGAUGUCCACUUUGUGGUGGGCCAGCCGGGAGGGACCCAGCGGCUGCCCGGACACCGAUACGUUUUAGCUGUGGGCAGCUCGGUAUUCCAUGCGAUGUUUUAUGGAGAGCUGGCCGAAAACAAGGAUGAAAUCCGUAUCCCAGAUGUGGAACCAGCGGCCUUCCUAGCCAUGCUAAAGUACAUCUACUGUGACGAGAUUGACCUGAGCGCUGACACAGUGUUGGCCACCCUUUAUGCUGCCAAGAAGUACAUUGUCCCUCACCUGGCACGUGCCUGCGUCAACUUCCUGGAGACCAGCCUGAGCGCCAAGAACGCCUGCGUGCUGCUCUCCCAGAGUUGCCUGUUUGAGGAGCCCGAGCUGACGCAGCGCUGCUGGGAGGUGAUUGAUGCCCAGGCCGAGCUGGCGUUACGCUCCGAAGGCUUCUGCGACAUCGACGCCCAGACCCUUGAGAGCAUCCUGCAGCGGGAAACACUUAACGCUAAAGAGAUAGUAGUGUUCGAGGCGGCCCUGAGCUGGGCUGAGGCUGAGUGCCAGAGACAGGAGCUCACCCUGUCAAUUGACAACAAGCGCAAAGUGCUGGGGAAGGCUGUGUACCUGAUACGCAUCCCCACAAUGGCUCUGGAUGACUUUGCCAACGGAGCAGCCCAGUCAGGCGUGCUAACGCUCAAUGAGACCAAUGACAUCUUCCUUUGGUACACCGCGGCCAAAAAGCCCGAGCUGCAGUUUGCGAGCCAGCCCAGAAAGGGCCUGACACCCCAGCGUUGCCACAGGUUCCAGUCCUGUGCUUAUCGGAGCAACCAGUGGCGCUACCGGGGCCGCUGUGACAGUAUACAGUUUGCGGUGGAUAAAAGAAUAUUCAUCGCUGGCUUCGGCCUUUACGGAUCUAGCUGUGGCUCAGCGGAGUACAGUGCCAAAAUCGAGCUCAAACGUCAAGGAGUAUUGCUGGGACAAAACCUCAGCAAGUACUUUUCCGACGGCUCCAGCAACACCUUCCCAGUGUGGUUUGAGUAUCCCGUCCAAAUCGAACCGGAUACGUUCUACACAGCCAGCGUGAUUUUGGAUGGGAACGAGCUCAGCUACUUUGGACAGGAGGGCAUGACAGAGGUGCAGUGUGGGAAAGUGACAUUUCAAUUCCAGUGCUCCUCGGAUAGUACCAACGGCACCGGGGUGCAAGGGGGUCAGAUUCCCGAGCUGAUCUUCUACGCCUGACAGCCUGUAAUGAGCAUUUUUUUCCAGCAUACCUACAGACUCACCGUGUACAUAGUGUCCACCCUUGUCGAUAUUUAUUUCCGUCAAUAUUGUGCAAAAGGCUCAGAAGUUGAGGCAAGCUAU